UCGGGAAAUGGAGCCAAGAGUCUUCAACACCUGCACCACCGCGACCACGCCCCAGUGACCGCAGCCCUCCACCACCCCUUCACCCUUCCCCACAAAGUAAGAGCAGAGCCCGGCGAUACCACUUUCCCCAUCUUCUCCAUUCCUUCCAACCCUCAACUCUCUCUACUCAAACUCCAAAAGGACCCAUCCAUGGACACCACCAGAACCCUCUCCCUCGCUCUCCUCAUCCUCCUCCAUCCCGUCCUGCUUCUCAGACCCCCCGCCGCCGCCGCCGCCGCCUUCGUGCCCAAAGACAACUUCUUGAUCAACUGCGGCGGAGAUGCCACCGUUACUUCGGACGACGGCCGAGCUUUUCAUCCCGACGACUCAGGUGACGACUCGUCCCUCGCUUUAUCCCCCAUUUCCCGCAAUGUCGUCGUCACCAACUCCUCCGAUCUCCACGGAAGCGCUCGGGUUUUUACCCGAAAGUCCGAGUAUAAAUUCGGCAUUGCCCGAACGGGUAGACAUUUCCUGAGGUUGCAUUUUCGUCCACUCUGUGCUUCUCGGUGCGACCUAAAAUCCGCAGUUUUUUCUGUUGCCGCCGAUGGAUUCACCCUCUUUCGCAAUUUUUCUUAUCCGAAAUCCAGGGCUGGCUCUUCCGUUCUCUUGAAGGAAUUUAUCGUCGAAACGGGUUCGAGUUCGAAUCCAUUAACUGUGGUGUUCGCUCCGUCCGAUGGCUCGGUCGCUUUCAUCAACGCAAUCGAGGUCAUAUCCAUGCCCGACGGAAUCAUUCCCUCCGUUGCAUCCCCUGUUCCUCCGGGAACCGGCGUCAAGAUCUCUACCGAUGCGGUCUUUGAGACCAUCUAUAGAAUCAACGUCGGCGGGCCGAGCCUGGAUCCCAGAAAUGACAGCUUGUGGAGGGUUUGGGAGACCGAUCGGCAGUUCUUGAUCAAUCCAGCUUCGGCGCGCAAUGUCUCCACCAACCCAGCUUCCAUUAGAUACCCCGCCGGAGUUCCUGUCGAGGCGGCGCCGAAUUCGGUCUAUACAACUGCGCAAGAAAUGGCGGAUGCUAAUGUUGGUAACCAGAAGUUUAAUAUCUCCUGGUUGUUCGAAGUUGAUUCGCAUUUUAGUUAUCUGGUUCGGCUACAUUUCUGUGAUUUUUUGAAUGAAGCAGUGCACAGCAUGCUGUUCAACGUCUAUAUCAAUAAUCAGUCUGCUUUGAGCUUGUUUGAUAUCACAAGCAAGACAGAGCUAUCGACAGCUUACUUUGUCGAUUUUGUUGUGAAUGCUUUGAUGGAGUCGGAUAAAAUUAUGGUUCAAGUAGGCCCUUCCCAGGUUACUAAUGUCCCACCUAAUGCAAUUCUUAAUGGAGUCGAAAUUUUGAAGUUCAUCGGAUCGGAGAACACUUUGGAUGCAUCUGGUAGUGCACGAUCGAUCGGUGUUGAGGCAACGAAGAAGAAAAGGAUGGUGAUACUCGUCAUUCCAUCGUGUUUGGGAGGUGCAACGCUGCUGGGUUUGAUUAUUGCAGUGCUCUUAUUGUACCUGGGGCAUCGAAAGAAGGCGAAGAAGCCUGCUGUGGCCCGGCUACCUUCCCCUGUUGCUCUUCAUACUCACACGGGCAACUCGGAAACAAAGGUGUCCGCUCGUAGUUAUGCUUCAUCAAGGCCUUCUCAGGGUUUAGGCCAGUUACUAGCCUUCUCAGAAAUACAGCAAGUGACUAAAAACUUUGAUGAGAGCUUGGUUAUAGGUGUGGGCGGCUUCGGAAAGGUGUACAAAGGGGUGUUGGAUAAUGGCAUUGUGGUGGCGGUGAAACGGGGGAACCCCCGAUCCCAGCAAGGAUUGGCAGAGUUUAGGACGGAGAUAGAGAUGUUAUCCAAGCUGCGCCACCGCCACUUGGUUUCUCUAAUAGGUUAUUGUCAUGAAGCCAAUGAGAUGGUGCUUGUCUAUGAAUACAUGGCUGGGGGUCCCCUCCGCAAACAUCUGUAUGGUUCAGAUCUUCCAGCCCUCUCAUGGAAGCAGAGGCUUGAGAUCUGCAUAGGAGCUGCUAAAGGUUUGCAUUACCUCCAUACUGGGGCUGCCGAAACCAUUAUCCAUAGAGACGUCAAGACAACUAACAUUCUCCUUGAUGAGAAUCUAACUGCUAAGGUUGCUGAUUUUGGUUUGUCUAAGUCCGGACCAACUCUCGAGCAGACCCAUGUGAGUACGGCAGUGAAAGGAAGCUUUGGCUAUCUUGAUCCAGAGUACUUCAGAAGGCAGCGGCUUACAGAAAAAUCAGACUUGUACUCUUUUGGAGUUGUUCUGAUGGAGGUUUUGUGUGCUAGGCCUGCAGUCAACCCAGCACUCCCAAGAGAUCAGGUUAACAUAGUGGAGUGGGCAACAAACUGGCAAAGGCGGGGUCAGUUAGAGCAGCUAAUUGAUCCACAUCUUGUGGGCACUGUUAGUCUUGAUUCGCUACGGAAGUUUGGCGAAACAGCAGAAAAGUGUUUAGCGGAGCAUGGGGCUGAGAGGCCAUCAAUGGGAGAUGUUUUAUGGAACUUGGAAUAUGCCCUGCAAUUGCAGGAGUCUUUCACGACAGUAAUUGGGGAGGGGAGCAACACAAAUGGCAUCCAGGACCUCCCAAAAUGGAUUCCACAGAUAGAGACUAUAGAGCACGAUAACUUCAGUGUUGUCAGUGAUGGAACUGAUGGAGUGACAAGUAGAGUAUUCUCACAGUUGAUGGAUCCAAGGGGAAGAUAGGUAGCCCAUAGGGGUAUGAGAAUUCCUAUCGAGUGUUUACUUCCAUGCUUAGCAGGCAUGCAUCAUGACUUGCACAAGAAUUGAGGAGCCUGGAAACCUAACGGCAAUCAUUGCAUGCAGUUUGACAUUCCACCUUCUUCUGGUGAUUGUAACUUCUUCAAGAAUCAGAACUGUUAACAAGUGUUUCAGAUGAAGCAUGGGGCCAUGGACAUGGUCAUAGCUGCCUGCUGGAAUGAACGUCAAUUGUAGACCCACUGGGUGUUGUCAUGUGUUGCAAUUCUCUCCACAAACUUUCAUUUGAAUUUCUAGUUAUUUACCCGUUUAAGCUUCUUUUCUGCAGAUAUGCAUGUUUAAAUGUAUCAUUGAAUCAGUAUGGUUUCUUCUUCAGCAAAUGUGAUGAGGCACAGAGCUUUCUACUGCACCAUCUCCCCAAAGGACAGCACUCAGAAGUAGGAGUGGAACUGCAGUUACCGCAUGAUGGCAUACUGGAUUCCCCACAGCACAUUUAUUGAUCAUAAGGAUUUCAGGAUUGUUAAUGCUGUUGGAUCUUAAUGUAGCCUCAAGUGCUGGAGAUCGUCACAGUUUUAUAUCCAAGGGGAAAAUAGAUACAGCAGUGCUGGGCAAGAUCCUACACAUGAUACUACUGUUCAGUGACUUACAUUUUUUUUCUUUAUGCUUCUGCCUUUGUUUUUACUGCACUUUAUGUAAAGCCUUUACUUGUGGAUAGAAUCAUAUAAGCUACCAUGAAACAAAGCUGUUCUCUGGUUCUGUCUGAGACUAGAAAACCUUUCAGUCA